AUGGAGACGAAUGAGAAGAACGCCGCUGAUUUGGAGGACAAGAACCAGCCCAGCGGGCACGGCCAGCAGCCGAGCUUCCACGGGCCCGGGUUCUCGCUCUCGCCGGAAGCUCAGAUGGAUUCUUCCAGCAGUGCGCUGGCCGCCAUGGGGAACCCGUUCCCUCCUGGCUUGUGGAACCCACCUGGCCAGAACUUCGGGCUGGGGGAGACCAACACUAACGCUAUGCUUAAUGGGCACCAGUUCUCCUCGUUCUUGGGGAUGCUGUCAGCAGCGACGCCCGCAUAUCCCGGCGCCCAGUCGGGGUUCAUGGAUUGUGGGGCAGGGUUUCCUGGCUUAAGUGCAAACAGUCUUGGAGCCAUGAUGGAUCACCCUUUUUCUAGGAACCCUGCUAUGGGUAGUUUCCAAAACGAUAUUGAGACGUCUAGGGAGAUGAAUGUGGACGAAGGUUGCAAGGAUGCAUUAUUGACCGGUGAUAGGCAGCAAGGAGACACCGAGAGUUCACAUGGUGUUGAUGCCUCUAGCAAGGAGUUAAGCAAGCCGGAGUGCAGUGGUGGCGCUGGUCAGGAUGAAGGGCCUAGUGUCUCUUGUCCCAAGAAGAGGAAAAGACCAAGCCAGGAUCGUGGGGUGAAGCAUGUACAAGAAGGGAGCCAGCAAUUGGCAACUCUGGCUGCAAAGCAGGAGAAAGAUGACGACGACAAAGAUGAACCAAAGAGGCCUGUUGGGACAUCCAGAAAGUCCAACGGGAAGCAAACUGAGGAUAAAUCUGAUGCGCCAAAGGAAGAUUACAUUCAUAUAAGAGCUCGAAGUGGCCAGGCUACAAACAGCCAUAGUCUUGCAGAAAGGGUUCGGAGGGAAAAGAUUAGUGAAAGGAUGAAAUUUCUUCAGGACCUUGUUCCUGGUUGUAGUAAAGUCAUUGGUAAGGCCGUUAUGCUGGAUGAGAUAAUCAAUUAUGUUCAAUCAUUACAGCGGCAAGUUGAGUUUUUGUCGAUGAAACUUUCAGCUGUCAAUCCAGCACUAGACUUCAACAUAGAGCGCAUUCUAUCUAAGGAUUUAUUUCAGUCUCAAGGAACUGCAUCGUCUACCUUUGGCUUCUUACCAGACAUUGGCCAUCAAUUUUUGCAUCCACCAAAACAUUCUCAAGCUGCGUUGCACAGCAUUGUAAAUCCCGCCGAUGCAUUUGGAAGGGUAACAAAUGCUCCGGUAGGAUGUACAUUCAAAGAGGCCACACAUCAGCACUUGAGAUAUCCUAUAGAGGCCCUUUCCUCAGAUGUACCAUUUGCUAUUGGAGGAAGCUGGAGAUCCGACUCUCGGGACGUCCACAUGGAGAUUUCAAGCUUUACAUUCUCCUCUGAAAAUUUACGUGUAUAA